GGAGGAGGAGGAGGAGGAGGAGGAGGAGGAGAGCAGAUUAAGCUUAGGUAUUUGAAAAGGAAAUGCUCUGACGGGCUCGAAGCUGUUUGUAGCAGCAGAUGAGGCUGGGAGCUCUGGAAAACUUUGGACUUUGUGUCACGGUUUGGUCACUGUUCAUACAUGAACAUCAACCUUUGGUACUCUUCGUAGAUGGCAUCCUCAAGCCAGAGUGGGGGAGCGUUUAGCCAAGGACUUAAAGACCUUGUUCUUUCACAGCUGAAAUGACAACCUUGCUGUAAAAUAAGAAUUGAAAGAUCAAAGGCAGCUCAUCCUAGUUGGGAACCAUGCUCAGUCGGUGUCUGCCCCUUCCAGUGCCCUCGGCCUUCUUUAUUGCUGCCCUGAUGCUUCUUUGUCCCUGGAGUCUGUUGGAGGUUUGCGGCCAGAAUGAGACAGAGCCCAUUGUUCUAGAGGGAAAGUGUCUGGUUGUGUGUGAUUCCACCCCUUCCGCGGAGCCAUCUGGUAACGCUCUUGGCAUGUCAGCGAGGUCUGGAACGGGACGGGUGGCAUUUUCAGCCAUCCGCAACACCAACCAUGAGCCGUCAGAGAUGAGCAACCGCACCAUGACCAUCUACUUUGACCAGAUCUUGGUAAAUGUUGGUGCCCAUUUUGACCCAGCGAGGAGCAUCUUUGUAGCACCCAGGAAAGGUGUGUACAGCUUCAGCUUUCAUGUUGUCAAAGCUUACAACCGGCAGACCAUUCAGGUGAGUUUGGUUCUUAACGGGUGGCCGGUGAUCUCUGCUUUUGCUGGUGACCAGGAUGUGACCAGAGAAGCAGCCACCAAUGCUGGGUUGGUGAUGAUGGAGCGAGGAGACAAGGCUGCACUGAAGCUGGAGAGAGGGAACCUGAUGGGGGGGUGGAAAUACUCCACCUUCUCUGGGUUCCUGGUGUUUCCCUUGUAGUCCUUGUUCAGGCUGGCCUUGAGCGAGACUGUUUCAGAAGGAUUGUGGGUAUUUUUGUCAUGUUGUAAUACAGGAUGGAGAGGCGUUGGAUAUCCUUCCACCAUGUAAGCUUAGCCUGUCAAAUGUCCAUUGUGUUAGCUCAUAAGUUCACAAGUACUGUAAUAGAGGACAUUUUGUGAUCUCUUUAUUUUACAGUUUAGAAAAGGGUGCGGCAUUCAGAAUGAAAGGUGAUUGUCAAAUUUUCUCUAAAAUGCAUUCCACUAACUCACUGUUAGGUUUGUUCUACCUUUUCAUGUAGUAAGGCCUAUCUUAACUUUUUGUCCACUUUUGGAAAGCUGCCUCGGUGAUGUCAUUUCCUGUUAAUCUACAUUCACUCCGGACAUGUGGCGCAUUCAAGAAUCCACUAAACACGCGUGCAGCCCAUGUUGUUCACAUUGGACAAGCAAAGAAGGGCUUCAUUCAUUUUCUGCUGUUCACUAGUGCACGUCUGCCACCUAGAGUUGGAAGAGGAUUGAUGGGAAAUGUUAAAGCAGAGCAAAUCUUGUGAAUCUUGGUCCAGGUUAUUUGUUUCACAGCUCUAUUCCGAUAUCUGAAAGAUUUGGUGUCAUAUAAUUCCGGCAGGACACAAACCACAAUUAUUAAUUUCUCCUUCAUGAUCAAUUUUCAAAAGGUUGGCACUUCUGUGAUUUAGAAGGAACGCCAUCCAAACAGUGGUCAAAGCUUGACCUGAUUUAACUUUUAAUGUACAUUCAACUGCCAAGUGUUUUGUACGUAGAGCCUGAAAAUGGUCGGAGAAACUUGCAUAGAUACACGUGAGCAUGAGAGUUUUGAAUGCAUAAACACGCGUUUAUAUUGACUUUUCUGUGGCAUUGAUGACUUGAACAUGCAUUGCCGAGGGUAGUGUGAGCGUAACUUAAGAUCACAAAGCUAAAAUGCAGUGUUAAAAUCAAACCUGAGUGAGUUUUGAUGCGGCUUUUUUUGGCUUGUAAGCAACAUUUCCAUUGAUAAUCAUUUUAAAGUUCUCCAGCAGAAUGAGACCUUUAGAAGGUUGUUCUUAUUGGAGUAGCUAAGCAGGAUUCAGUUUAGUGAUGCUGGAAAACAAAGAAGAGGUUUUAAUUUGAACUUUUUAAAUACUUUGUUAAAACAUUUUUUAAAACAUAUUUUUUUUCUUUUUUGCUGUCUUUGUUAGAUCCCCCCAUCUCACCUACAGACGCUUACACUGCGAAGACGCACGUCCAAUUAUAUUUUGCUUUGAAUCCGUUUAUCUCUGGAAGGCUUCUGACUCUGUUUUAUGCUAAAUAACUGCAUGUUUAAGGAUGCAUGCUCAGGAAUCUGUCUGUCACGUAUGACGGCAGUGUUAGGAGUACUACAUUACAAAGUUAUCGUGGUAACUAACGUAGUGUAAAGCAUUACUAACCGACUGUCAGCAAUGUUUUCCCCGGUUGUGUUGUUUUAUCCCAAAAUUUGAUUAUUUAAAGUAAAAAUAAACAGAAAUUGAUGAAACAUAAAAAAUCUGACAUUUUGUAAGAAAUUCUCUUUUUUGUUAGCGGUCAUUGCUGCCUGAAGAUGGCAAUAGAGGGUUAAGAAACAUCUUUGGGUUUUAAAGAUCCACUCCAAUCAACUUUUGAUCUACUGUAAAAGUAGUAUCUUAAUUAUGAAUAUGCCUUUUUACCGGUAGUCUAAAUAAAAAAUCAUGUGUCAUUUUCUAGGACAUAGUUUCUGCAGAGUGACAGGAGUUCAUUAGAAAUUUGAUUCCCAUUUUUGGGAAUCCGAAUGUUGGUGAAGAGCCCCCCUCUCCUCCUCCCGUUAUCUCACAGCCCUCCACACCCCCAACCUAACUAUCAAUAUUGGAGCUAUCCAGCGAUACAGUUUAGACUAGAGCCUAAUAUCAGCUCAGAUGAGCUAAACAAAGACGUACAUGGAUCUAGUCGUGUACAAGUGGAUGCAUCGGAAUGGAACAGGCAGCUUGUGGCCUGUGUAUUUUCUAUGUCACCAAUGGGCUCUUUUUUUUCUCUUCAAUUUUUUCGUCUGCUCCUGAUUUACAACAAUUUGAAUAAAGAAAUAAUCAUAAACACAAUUUGAAGCUUAAUUUCUUAAUAUUAGUCCAGCAUCAUUAGAAAGAUGCCACAAGAACAUGUUAAAACCCCAAAUCCCAAUUUGUGAUUCUUAAAUAAUCAAAAUUUGGAGGACAAACAUUUUCACUCUGAGUUUGUGGCCAAGUAGGAAGAGGGGAAUGUGAGUCAAGGACUAGUUACGUCCAGAACCAGAAGAAAAGACGUCAAACAGUGCUAGCAAUUCUAAGUUACUAAGGGUGUAAUGAUAAAUCGAUUCAUAUUCCUAUAUUCCAACGAGAUCAAUCUGUCUGAGGCAAGUUGUUGAUCUUACAUUUUAGACUAAAGGUGUCCUGGAUCGAUUUUAGGUCAGUGAAUCGGAUCGUUCAAAAUGAACCGAUAUUGACUAUUAAUCAGAUCAGCAGCCACAAAAUAUGAUAUGUAUCGAAUCGCUGUUAAAAUGAAUCGUUACACCCCUAAAAAUUACAAAUGACCCCUGCUGAGAAAACAACCUACAGAUGUGUGCCAUCAUGUCAGCUCCAGGGUGCAUGUGCUGGAGUGUGCACGACAUGUUUUGUGACCCUCCUGAACUUAAAGAGAAUAAACUGUUGACAUUGAAGUUCC